CUCGAACAGUUGCCGGGCGGGAUUUCCGCGAAUAUCAAGUAUGGCGAAGACUUACGAUUAUUUGUUUAAACUGCUGUUAAUCGGGGACUCCGGAGUUGGAAAGACCUGUGUAUUGUUCAGGUUCUCCGAGGAUGCCUUUAACUCAACCUUUAUCUCCACGAUAGGUAUUGAUUUCAAGAUUAGGACAAUAGAGUUAGAUGGCAAGAAGAUCAAGUUGCAGAUAUGGGACACAGCAGGGCAGGAACGAUUCCGGACGAUCACAACGGCGUAUUAUAGGGGUGCAAUGGGCAUUAUGCUGGUAUAUGACAUCACCAAUGAGAAGUCGUUUGACAACAUCAAGAACUGGAUUAGGAAUAUUGAGGAGCAUGCAUCGGCAGAUGUAGAGAAGAUGAUUCUAGGGAAUAAAUGUGAUAUCAACGACAAGCGACAGGUGUCCAAAGAGAGAGGAGAGAAGUUGGCAUUAGAGUAUGGCAUCAAGUUUAUGGAGACGAGCGCGAAGGCCAACAUCAACGUUGAGAACGCAUUCUUAACACUUGCCAGAGACAUCAAAGCAAAGAUGGACACAAAAUUGGAGGGCAACAACCCCCAGGGCAGCAACCAUGGAGUGAAGAUCACCACAGAGCCGCAGAGAAAGAGCAGCUUCUUCCGUUGUGUCCUAUUGUGAAGCUCGAGGCCUUACCGUCCCACGCCUGGGACUGGAUGAAACUGGACUGUGCUCUCGUUUUUAGCACUUCUCUCUCUCUGUCUCUCUCUCUCUCUGUCUCACUCUCCUUAUGGCCCUAAAACAGUAGGAGUGCUCAGCUUCUCAUGUCUGCUUCCACUGAUAUUUCAGCAAUGCAGUUUUUUCCAGUUUAUGACCAUUUUCUUGAAGCUAUGGUGCACCUGCGUUGUUGGUUUUUUUUGGGGGGGUGCAUUCAAGGUUGAAGAGCUAAGUGGGAAAACUUAUUUUUCUUUUAUUUCACUUUAAAUCACAGUGCUAGAGGAGUGAUGCAUGGCCUGUUUGGUCUUGGUCCUUUAUUUUUGUCACUCCAUCUCGAGUAUCCAGCUGCCAAAAUCCAUUUGCUCGCCGCACUUGGUUUUCCUUCUGGGCUCUAAAGAGAGCUCCAUCUGACAUGUUGAGCCAACUCUGACAGUCAUCCAGAACGCAUCUUGGCCAUUGCAUUGUAUUCGACAUCUCAUGUUUUCUUCGACAAUCACUUGACCUCACCCUGCAUAUAGGAAUCUUGUAACUUACCUCUUAAAAACAUAUACAAAUAGUUUUUCUAUUAUACAUUCUAUACUGCUUGUUUAAUUUUUUUUCACCUUUUCUUUCCAUUGACCAGAUUGGUUCCUUUCACAAUCAACAUUCCAAAUUCUCAUGUUUACUUAUGGAUG